ACGUCACGUGAUCAGCUGAUCUAAGCUUCCUCUCUCUGGAUGGCUGCAGGAUUUUCAAGCUCCUCUGGUUCAACUCUAGUAAAGCAGCCGCUUCGUUCUUUUAUACUUUAAUCCAAAAGCUUUCCUAGGCUGUAGAUUUAUCCGUAGACGUAGCUUUAGGUAGCAACACUGGCGCUUUUGCUUGAGUGGAUGAUGAACGGCCACGCAAUUCUCUACACCGGGGUCACUUUGGCCUUCUGGAGCACCAUCCUCAUCGUCGGAAUCUGCUAUACAAUCUUUGACCUUGGAUUCAGGUUUGAUGUGGCAUGGUUUUUAACUGAGACGUCCCCAUAUAUGUGGGCCAACCUCGGAAUUGGCCUGGCUAUCUCACUGUCUGUGGUUGGAGCAGCUUGGGGAAUUUAUAUCACUGGCUCCAGCAUCAUUGGAGGAGGUGUCAAGGCCCCAAGAAUUAAGACCAAAAACCUUGUCAGUAUAAUCUUUUGUGAAGCUGUUGCCAUUUAUGGGAUCAUCAUGGCAAUCGUCAUAAGUAACAUGGCAGAGAAUUUCACUGGCACAACUCCGGAGACAAUUGGAUCAAGAAACUACCAUGCAGGCUACUCCAUGUUCGGAGCAGGUCUCACUGUUGGCUUUUCCAAUCUCUUUUGCGGCAUCUGCGUGGGCAUCGUGGGCAGUGGGGCUGCUUUGGCUGAUGCCCAGAACGCCAGCCUCUUUGUUAAGAUUCUCAUUGUGGAAAUCUUUGGCAGUGCCAUUGGGCUGUUUGGAGUCAUUGUAGCCAUCUUGCAGACAUCAAAAGUAAAAAUGGGAGACUAGAGAAACCGAUCUGUCUGCAAGACAAACAACAAAGAAGUCCGACGCUGUGUUGGAUACGCAGCCCGACUAUGUAAAUACAUAGUAAAUUAUUUAAAUGUAAUUUCUUUCUGUUUCUUUCACCCGGUGUCUGUUUUUAACCAUUGUUUACCAGAGAGUAAAACAUUCGCACCACUUCGUCUUAAAGAAAUGCAUGUUUAAGUCAAACGCAGGUCUUUAAGACAUGUCUCACACCAAUGAACCUCAGAAGAAGAGGAAAUCUCUUCAGCAGGUGUGAUGUCGGCCCUAUCGUUGAAGUAUAAGAUGUACGAGAGUUGUAUCGAAUCCUUGAGGUUAUUUUAUUUGAAAUGUAUGAAUACAUGUGUAAAAUAUAUAUAUAUAGUUAGAAGAUUCUGUAGAGUAGAAUCCCAUCAUGCGAAGACUGGACUGUAGUCACUCCUUCGGACGUCUGAACUCCAUGAAAGAUUCCGCGGUACUUUGGUGCAAGUUUUCAACUUUUCUAGGGCUGUGUAGCUUGCUGUGAUUUGCUGUUCUGUAAAACACAAAAAAGUGAAAUAAUGAUAUUUGUAUGCAGUAUGGUUGUCUGAAGUGUUGUUAUUCCAUGGUAUGGAGAUGCGUUUAAGUCAGAUCUAUUGUAAAUUCUCUAACCAGGACAAUUCUGGAUACUGAAUAUUGUUCCUUCUUGUGUGUGUGCUGUGUUUGUUCAUCUGCAAUGCCAUUUAUAGACGAGGAGACAGCUAACCUAUCGUUAUUCCCAGUUCAUUUGAUAUUAAUAGUGUUUGUAUUUGCAUUUGCACCGGGACACACUUCAGUUCUGAUGAAUGACAUGAUGUAUUAAUCAAAUGUUUAUAAGAGUAUCUUAAAAAUUCUAUGUGCAUUCUGAUCAUUCCAUCUUUAGGGUUUUCCCACACCUUCUGUUUUUGUUUACUGAAGUAAGAUGCACAGGAAACUGUAAGAAGUUCAUUCAUAAAAUGUCUCAGCCUGCUUAGCUCUGGGAUUGGUGUCACUGCAAAGGAUUUGUGUUGCAGUCGUUUAGCUUCAGACGGCCUUUAGAGAGUUACAGCUCCUGAUUGUACUUUUUGUUUUCUUUUUCUCCCCACCACCCCCCCACCCCCACCCCCCCUUGUAGUAAUGUAUGUGUCGUCCCGGGACAAGCGAUAUAAAGCACUUAGUUGAAUUUUAGCUUCUAAGGAAUGACUUAAACAUUUCAAUAAAGUCACUGCUCCGAGACACAAAUUUUUUAUCUUUAGUAAAAUUCUUUUACAAAAAAACCACUGAUGCUUUAUUAUUUAAUGUAUACACAUUUAUUUUUAAGCAUUCCAGUAAUUUAACUUGACAGUACUCUGAGUUCACUGAAGGUAAACAAGGCCCUAUUAGCAACUUGCUAAUGCGGCUCGGCCACAUUUAUGCCUGUCUGUAAUUCUUGAUUCUGACUCCACCGCACAUCCAGUGAUUGUGUUUAUGUUCCUGUGGUGAUUCAUUGUUUUGAAAUGUAAAAGUGGAUGCUGUUGACGUUCAUAAAUGGUCCUUGAACAAAUAAAUUCAUCAAACCUG